AUGUCUCUCCAGAUCGUCUGCAAACACAUCCCGCCAGCGCAGGCCACGGACUUCCUCUCUGCCGCCCUGGACGGGAUGCUGUUGGCCAGGUCCGCGUGUGCUCAGGCAGCGGGCGAGUGGCUGCUCACCUUCCUGGAGACGUGCGGGGGACAGCUAUUCACGGAGGUGCCAGAAAUCCUGAGCAUCGUUUACAUCCGGAUGCCGACCAUGCAGCAGGACACCCUCCGACAUUUCCUCUUGGAGGCGGUGUCCGUGCUCGCCCUCUACCACCCCGGGGCCGUCAUCGACAGCCUGCUGCAGAAGCAGCUGCCCAUGGACAGUGACACCGAGGAGCUGUGGAGGGUCCUGGGGGGGAAAUUCUUUGUGGACCACUUCCUGCGGGUCUUGAUGGAAAAACUGAAGAACUCAGGAAGCGACCAGCCCAGGACCAGCUCUGCCAAGCCUGAGGCAGACGAGGAGGAGGCUGCGCUGGAGCCUCUCAAGAUGACCCGGGCCAUCUCUGUGGUGGUGUCAGCGCUGCAGAGCCCGGAGGCUGUGCAGCGCCUGCUCCCGGAGCUGCUGCCGGUGCUGCUGAAGCAGAUCAGCGCCACAGUGGGCAAGGAGAUGCCAUCUUCCCCACUCAGCACCCGGGGAAAGCUGUUCCUGAAGGGCCACACGAGCGAUGACAAUCCUUGCAGGUAGGAGCCAGGGGACGGA